AUGUCUUUACCACCAUCUUCUCCACCACAUUUGAGUUCAGAAGAGGAGGAAGAACCACAAGAAGGCAUGGCGGAUAACCGUACUUUGAGGGAAUUGGCAACGCCAAAUACGGAUCAACAACCAUUGUGCAUCACAUAUCCAAAUGCAGAAGGAGAAUUUGAGCUCAAGUCCGGCAUGAUUCACUACUUGCCUAAGUUCCAUGGCUUCUCAACAGAGGAUGCCAACAAGCAUCUCGUGGAGUUUCACGUGGUAUGCUCGGGAAUGAGACCAUCAAAUGUUGAUGAGGAGCAAGUCAAGUUGAGGGCAUUCCCAUUUACAUUAGAAGCUAAGGCAAAGGAUUGGCUUUACAAUUUACCUCUGGGAUCAAUGAACACAUGGAACCAGGUGAAGCAAGCAUUCUUGGAGCAAUAUUUUCUGGCCACAAAAGCUGCAAGCAUAAGGAAGGACAUAUGUGCAAUCCGACAACAACAUGGAGAACCCUUUGGAGAUUACUAUGAGCGAUUCACACAUUUGGUUGCAUCUUGUCCUAAUCAUCAAAUUUCAGAGCAUCUUUUAAUACAGUAUUUUUAUGAAGGAUUGUGUGGUAUUGAUCGUGUAAUGCUUGAUGCAGCAAGUGGAGGAGCAUUCAUGGACAAGACACCAACAAAUGCUAAGGCAUUAUUAAAGAACAUUGCUGGAAAUACACGACAAUUUGGAGGGAGAGAUGAGCUACCUCUUGAGAAAGUUAAUGAGGUUAUGGUGGCUCCAAAACAGGUGUGCGGUGUAUGUUCAAUGAUAGGACAUGCCACGGACAUGUGCCCUUCAUUGAUGGAUCAAGGUGGUUUUGAGCAAGCUAAUGCGUUAGGAGGGUUUCAGGAGCAACAAAGGCAAAAGUAUAAUCCAUACUCCAACAACUAUAACGCGGGGUGGCGCGAUCAUCCACACUUAAAGUGGAACAAUCAAGACAAUGGACAACAAUCUGUUCCCAACAACUAUAACCGUCCACCUGGCUUCUUUCAAGCAAGAUCGCAGAAAACAGACAAAGCAAUUGAAAACCUUGAGCGCCAAAUGAGUCAGUUAGCAAGUUUGAUGGGGCAACAACACCAACCAGGAAGGUUGCCUAGCCAGACCGUGGUGAAUCCAAAUGAGGAGCAGAUGAAUGUUGUGACUUUAAGGAGUGGAAAAGAAGUUUUUGAGCAAUCAAGGAUGCAAAAGAGGACUAGAAAAGAUACAAAUGAGCAAGAGGAGCUACAAACCAAGAAUCUUGAGCAAGAUGAGGCUUCAACAGAAACGGAAAUUGAACACAAAAGAUUCUGA